AUUUGGCUUUUGCUUCAUCGCUAUAACUUACUCAAUCUCCAAUCCUUCUCAAUCGAAGUGAGAAACCAGAAUACGAUAAGAUCACCGUGCACGUACGUUACUACUUUGAGAACGUUCUUGGAUUGAGAGAAGUAAUGGACUUUAAAGGUAUAACAUGGGUUGGUAAUGUCUACCAGAAGUUUGAAGCAAUGUGCUUAGAGGUUGAAGAGAUCAUUGUCCAGGACACAGCUAAAUACGUUGAGAACCAAGUUCAGACAGUUGGAAACUCUCUAAAGAAAUUCUGUUCUGAUGUGGCUCAAGAUUUCAACCCUGAUGACUCUGUAGGCUCCGGGAAACAGUUACCUGUUUCUAUGUUACAUGAAUACGCUCCUCUUUGUUCCUUCAAGAAGAAGAAAGAAACCAUGAACCAGAAAACCAGAGAUGUGAAGCAAGGACAAGAGGUAACUGAGGGAAAGAAGGAUGUAUGUGAGAUGAAGUUCCGUGGUGUUGAUGCUGAUGAUUACGAUAUCUGUACUUCUCCAAGGCAGUAUAGUUACGGAGGUUCUUACAGAAGAACACGGCUCGGUCGCAAACAAGUUUCUAAGAAAGAGGAUCUUUAUCAAGUCACUAGGCCUUACAUACAGAAUGAUUCAACUAGUUUAUCAGUGGUUCAUAGAGCUCGUGUCAAAGAUGAUGUUGGGACUGUUAAGUCAAGUGAUUCUCCUCCAGCUGAAGUAGCAAGACUCAUCUCUAAAAAGGUGUGUCAGAAAGACCAUAGAAGCAAUAGUCAACACGGUCUUACAGUGGUGAACUCUGUUAGGAGUCAAGAGUCAGAGACUAGAGCUGGAAAUGACCAUGGUCUUACUGUGGUUAAUCCUGUUAAUAGUCAAGUUUCAAAGACUAGAACCGAAAGUGACGACGGUCUUACUGUGGUUAAUCCUGUUAGAAGUCAAGAUUCAGAGACUAGAACCGAAAGUGAACACGGUCCUGCGGUUACUAACUCUAUUAAGAGCCAAGACUUAGAGACUCAACCACCUGUUGCCACAAGCUUACCUGCAGGAUCUGAUGAUUGCUUAGAGGAAACCAAUGAGGAUUCAGUGCAAACUAAAACUAGUUCGAGUUCUAUCUCAGAGGCAGAGAAGAAAGCAGAGAUUCUUCAACAGCUUAGUGGAAGAUCAGUUGAAGAAAGCUGUAUCAUUGUGGAUAGAGACGAAUUGUAUUGUGUUUUUCCUGACAGGAAGGAGAAUGACAAACACAAACCUUACAAGAAGAUCCGGGACGCAAUAUCUUCAAGAAUGAAGCAAAACAGAGAGAAAGAAUACAAGCGACUUGCUCGUCAAUGGUAUGCUGAAGAUGUCGAAAAGGGUAGAGAAUGUGGUGACAGUUCGAAGCAGAUUGAUGAAGAUCAAUCAUCAGAAGAAUCUGAAUGGGAGCUUCUUUAAAAUGUUUAUGGUUACACUUAUAAUGUAAGUAAUUAAGCACUCUCUUUGUACAUAAAGAAUGUAUAAGCAAAACAUAAGAAGCAGCUUAAGAGGUUCCUCUGGUCAUAAUGAAUCAAGGUCCUUGUCUUUUAUCAAGUUCUUAUUUAACAUCUUUGUAUGAUUUCGAGUACACAUGUGUUUCUGUAUAAUGUUAAUGGAAGAAAAAGUCUUUCCCAUGGUGGUUGUGUAAUAAUUGUUUUCUUGAUUCUUCUAUUUUACAUUUUCUGUUUGUUUUGUACGGCUCGUUUCUUUCUUUUAGGUUUGGGG